AUGUCGAUUCAAAUACUUUGGGAAAUUUCUUCGGAUGAUUUCGACAUGCAAACCAUUGGGAAUUUUCUGAGCUUCGCGUCGAGGGGUGAUAGGGUUGGGCUGAACCAGAUGUUGAGAGAAGGCAUAUCUCCCAAUGUGCAGGACUAUGACAAAAGAACUGCUCUGCAUCUAGCGGCCAGCGAGGGCCAUGCUUCCAUUGUUGAGCUUCUUUUGGCGUACAAGGCCGAUGUCAACCUCCAAGAUCGCUGGCAGCGUACUCUUGAUAAUCUCCACAACUUCAAUGUUACAUUUGCACGAGACAAUGGCAAAAAAGAUCCCACCAUUUUGCUAAGUCGAAGCAAGGAAUUCCUUGAACUAAAAUACACUGCCAUUGUAUCCAUGGCCCCAUCAAAUGCUUCCUAUCCAGAGGGAGGUGUGCAUUUAUGGCAUAAACUGCUCACGGAAGAUACUGAAGUUCUUAAAUGGGCCCUUACCAACUUGAAGCUGGUGGACCCAGUUGAAGAUGCACGACGCUGCAAGGUACCUCAACAACUGGUGGGGUUUCUUGUUAAUGAACAGAAGGUCAUUAGAGAUAAUAAUAGUCAAGAUGCCACCUCCAGCCUUCUCAUCCACUGUGGAGGGUCUCGCUAG